CCAAAUAUAACUUUUUUUACUUUUUGAUGGAGAGCUGACAGCUUGAAGUGUGGAUGUGAUAUCGUUUCGAAUAGAAAUCGAAGAAAAGUCAAGUGGGUUGUCAACAUUCGAUUUAUUCAAGUCACUUCUCACACUCAUGUAAUUUUGGCAUACUCCCUUAUUCCGGUACCUACUCUGACGAUAGCGAUAUAGUUAGAGUGUUUACCGCUCCGCCACCCGUUUCAAAGAUGGAAAGCAAAUUAAUUAUAUAUUUUGCUUGUAGCGUGCACGGUGUAUUUGAUUGGAGUUCGUAAAACACUUCUAAUGAAGUGUUGAUGGACUUGAAAAAGUUUGCUACAAUAAUCGUUGGGAUCACUUCCUAUAUUGAUGAGAUUCGUGAGUGCGCAUGAAGUUUUGUGAGAACUUUUGUUAGUACUCUCAGUUUCGCGUCCUCGCCUGUUAGGACUUUAACGAUUUCUUAUACUUAUGGAGGUGGGAGCAUCUAUCGAAAUUGGGUUUCCUCAUCCUGUAAAUGAACAAGUUUGAGACGCGCUUCUUGCAACUAUCAAUCCUUGUGUUGGAAAUCCAGAUCUUAGCUUAGCAUUGUGUGACUUAAAUAAUAGCAGUGCGUACCUGGUUCUGACAGUGAGAUUUCAGUUUUACAAAGUGCGACUUAACUCAUCCAAGAGAUCGUUACUUAUGCAGCCGAUAUGGGAAUUCCGGACUAAAUAUAUUGCAAUAACUGUCAAACAUGAAUUGGAGGACAUCAUAACGCAAACGUCAAGUUUUACUGUGAAUCUGUACAGCUCGCUUAUCAAGUCUGUUUGCAUGUCGAGUUAACUGUGACAUAGUUUCUGUCUGUCUCCUUCAUUGUUACCGACUUGGGACACACAUCAUUCGGAAUUCCGGGAACUACGGUCCAAUGCAUUUUGCUGCAGUGCAAUCACCAAGUUUGACUCAAGAUUUUUAUCUCUCGACGUGAUGCGAGACUCCUAUGCUAGAAAAUUUGUUUCAUUGCCGGCAUGCACGUCUUCGCAUCCUCUUCCAAAAGACCGAUGCAAGCUACUUGAGAUACUCGUAGCAUUAGAAUAUUAUUGUCAAAAUAUCCCAACCAAAACACGAUCUAUUCGCCGACGCAAUCUCAUUUCUCACUAUUAUUCAACCGAUCAAGGAAAGCUCUCUUACGCUAAAAUUGCAAGUGUGGCCAAGGUGUCGUCCGAUUCGAUUGGGCUAGCUUCAACAUAGAACAUAAUCCGCACAAGGCGGUUACAGCCUCACAUCUCAAAAAUGCAGAUGCGCAGUCGUCUCGAAAAGAAAUGAAACAACAUUCAAGUGGGUCGUCAAGGUUCUUAUUCAGUCGAACGACUCGAGAGCUUCAAUGAAUACUGCGGAUCCACUUCUCGUACUCGUGUAUUAG